AUGCUUGGCAUGCCCGUAACAGUUUUACAGAAGCUUAGGGAAGCUGAGCUCUGUGCCUCGAUCAGUAAGACAUCCUUCCAUGUCCGAGAAGUAGAAUACCUAGGCUAUCACAUCUCGGAAGAAGGAGUAUCUAUGUCAGAAGACAAGGUGGAGGCAGUUAAGGAAUGCCCGGUCCCUGAGAAUAUCAAGGCAGUACAGGCAUUCCUCGGAUUUGCAAACUUCUAUUGCCGCUUUAUUGAAGGCUUCAGUAAAGUUUGCAAACCAUUAACUGACCUCCUGCAAAAAGACAAGAAAUGGUAUUGGACGGCAGCACAUGAGCAGGCCUUUGAAGAACUCAAGAGGCUGUUCACAAGCGCUCCAAUCCUCCUUCAUUUUGACCCUAGUAGGAGAACGGUGGUCGAGACAGAUGCCAGUGAUUUUGCCAAGGGAGCGGUGCUCUCUCAGUAUGGGGACGAUGGAAAGCUACAUCCGGUGGCAUUCUAUUCUAAGAAGUUCUCCCCUGCCAAGAUCAACUAUGACAUUGAUGAUAAAGAAAUGGGAGCUAUUGUAGGCUCUUUCCGGGAAUGGGAACACAUGCUCAAAUCUUGUGAGCAAGAAAUCACGGUUUUUACAGACCACAAGAACUUGGAGUACUUUAAUUCUACCAAGGUUCUCACUAGGCGGCAAGCUAGAUGGUCUGAAGACCUCGCAGGCUACAAUUUUAAAGUUGUCUACAGACCGGGAGAAAAGAAUGGCAAGACUGAUGUGCUAUCUAGGUGCUGGGAUCACCGCCUUGGAGAGGGAGGUGAAACUCUGCAGCCGGAGCCACAGAUCAUUUUUAGGCCAGGUCAAUUGGUUCUGGAUCCUGCAAAGCUAGCGGCCGUCAGGGUGAAUCAAUUGCAGAAUACAUUCUUAGAGCGCCUAUAUACGGCUGCUAAGGAGGAUAGUUUCUGGCAGGAAUUGUACCGCUCCCUGGUUGAAAGGAAACCAAAUUUGGACCAGAACUUAUCGGUCAAGAACGGUCUCAUCUUCUACAAGAAUGGAUGGUAUAUACCCAAAGACAAGAAGCUUCAGAUGGAAAUACUGUCCGAUACCCAUGACUCUAAGGUGGCUGGUCAUUUUGGCCAAUUUAAGACACUUGAGCGGGUGAAAAACAACUUUUUUUGGCCCAACAUGGAUAAGGAUGUUGAGGAAUAUGUCCGGAGCUGUGACAGCUGCCAGAGGAAUAAGACCUCAAGACAUAAGAAGUUUGGUAUGCUCGAACCGUUGGAGAUACCCUAUCGGCCAUGGACUUCCAUCUCUAUGGACUUCAUUGUGGGACUACCGGAAUCUAGUGGGUUUACAAAGAUCUGGGUAAUAGUGGACCGCUUUUCAAAAAUGGCACACUACAUCCCUCUUCCUACCCUCAAUAAAACGGGAGAUUUGGCUAAGCUGUUCUUGAAGGAAGUUUGGAGACUCCAUGGUUUGCCUGAUGACAUAGUCUCGGACAGAGAUAGCAGGUUCAUUUCUCACUUUUGGCAAUCUCUCAUGUGUAAAAAUAUGGCAUUGCGACAUCAGGUUAUGUAUGGUAAUUACUCAUGUAUAAGGGAUGACUCAUAG